GUUAGUGGGGAAAGUACAGAUUCCACUUUCCAGUGAAAACAACCUCUUCUUGACAUUAUAAUGCAUUGAUAGACUGUGGCCAGUUUCAUCAAACGGAAAUCAUGGCUUCAAAGUUGUUAUGGACAUUUUACGGGCCUCGGUUGUUGAGGAUAUUCAAAACUGAAAAUGCCCAGGGCCAUGAUUAUGUACCAGGUGUAUUGGAGUCCUUUCCAGACAAAAUUAUCUCAACAUUUAACACAGCCCUGGGCGUAUCGUACUGGACGUCACCAGUUAUUGGAGCAAUCUUGUACAGAAAAGGGUAUUUUACACAAGAAGGAGCAGGGAGUCUUCUCAGAGUUGCUCUGUCUAUGUUUGUAGUUUAUGCCAUUGCAUACAUUCUGAGAGGUAUUGGCCGCUUUAGUAAUGCAGAGUACAGAGAUUUCAUCAGUGCGCUGGUAGCAGCUCGGGAAAAGCCAACCGUGGACUCCAAGAAACAGCUUGCUGGCUAUGACUUUGAGUUCUGGGCGUGGCCUGUGGACUUCAGGUGGGACGAUGGAAGCUCAAGUGACAAGAAAAAUGCAAAGAAGCCUGCUGUGGUGAACAGCCGACGGGCUCAGGCGGUGGAGCGCAGCAGUAUCCCUUGCCGCUUUCUCAGUUACUUGGCGAUGCAUUCAUUUGGCAGAAGGAUGGUCUACCCAGGAGCUACAUCAUUGAUGAACUAUGCCGUGUCCAGCAUGCUGAACAGUGGUAGGGCAGCUUUGGUAGAAGAGAAAAAUGGCCACAGAGCAAAAGUCUUGGCUGAAGGAGGAAAUGAAAUUGACACCAUGUUUGUGGAUCGGAGAGGGAAGCACAACAAUGGGAAGACACUGGUGAUCGCUUUUGAAGGGAACGCUGGUUUCUAUGAGCUGGGCUGCACGGGUACUCCUCUCGACCUCAACUACUCAGUGCUUGGCUGGAACCACCCGGGCUUCGGAGGGAGCACGGGAGUCCCGUUCCCAGAUCAGGAACAGAAAGCAGUGGAUGCUGUGAUCCAGUACGCUAUACAAAAGCUGGGGUUUGAGCCCCAGGACAUAGCCCUGUUUGCCUGGUCCAUCGGUGGCUACACUGCCUCCUGGGCUGCUCGCAAUUACCCUGAUAUCAAAUAUGUUAUCCUUGAUGCGACAUUUGAUGAUAUUGUUCCACUGGCUAUUGCCAAAAUGCCGGAGUCAUGGAAAAGCUUGGUUGGCCUUAGUCUAAGGACAUACAUGGAUCUAAAUGUUGCAGAACAGCUAUUAGAUUACAAAGGUCCAGUGCUGUUGGUGAGAAGGACCAAGGACGAAAUCAUCUCUACUGAGGCCCCACCCAACAGUGAGCCGGUGAUCGGGUCCAACAGGGGCAACUUCUUACUCCUCAAACUUCUGCAGCAUCGAUACCCCUCACUAGUGGACAGCACCACUCUACCUAUGAUCAAUGAGUUCCUGGCGGCCGAGACCUAUCGACAGGCCGAGAUGCUACAAGAGAGGCUUGUCGUCCCAGAGGAGUGCCAUAAAGUGUUUUCUCAGCACGUUGCCGAGAGCGGGACCAAUUUCCCCAUGGCUCUUGAUGUGAAGGGAGAUGAAGGUUUGAAGAUCAAGCUAGCACUGUACCUGGUCACCGUUCACAUGGAGAACUUCCACUCAACCCACUGCACGCCGUUACCAGGCAAUUUUUUCCACGAGCCAUGGGUACCUCAAAGUCGACUCUAGAGCAACGGUGCGGCUGCUCAGACCGGUUUUCACUUACACCGUUACGCCUGGUUUAGACGAGCUUUUUUCAUCUUUUUUAUGUAUGUACCCUGUGUGCAGAUUUUGAACUGUUCUUUUUUAAAUAUGCAUCAAUGUCUGAAUGUCUGUGUGUGUCUGUAUUUAUUAUAUGUGUGUACAAGGGAAACAUGCAAACCAUUUUUAUGACGUGAAUUCUGUGUGUUGAUGUUGAGUUUUGAAUUGUUCGUCUACUUACUUACUACCCAUUACGCCAUCUAUCUGGCGUUUAGGGCAGCAAGGGAUCUCCAGCCCUGUCUGUUUUGGGGCAUCUUGGUCAGCGUUCCCCAGGAUUUAUUCUAGGACUUCAUUUCAGACUCUACUGUGCGUCUCCAGGUCAUUUU